AUGGCUGAAGAAGAUUUUAUACAAUCACUUUCUGUUGGAAUUAGAAGAGCAAAAUCAGAUGAAGCACCCAACAUACAAAAAUAUAUUAGUGAGAACAGCUUUCUUCUAACAAAACGUUUCGGAAAUUACAAUCUAAAAACAAUAAUUGAGACUGGCUACAUUUCUAUUGUGGCUGAAGGUGAUCAAGGACAAUAUCAAGGAUUUGCAUCAUUCGAAUUUGAGCCAUCAGAUACAUUAGAUGUGGAGAAGUACUUUUCCUAUCUUCCUCUGAAUGUUCGGAAUACAAUUUGGAUUAGACUUGUUCAUUUUGAACCCCUCUUUGGAGAGACAGUUUUAAUUGAAAUGCUAAAUUCAAUUUUUAUUACUUUCUCUGAAGUUGACAAUAUUUGUUUUCAACCAGUAAGAUCAAACGUUCAAAGUGGUAUUGAUUUCUUCUCUCAAUUCUCCUUCUUCAAACAAGAAAUUGGAUCAGAUGUCCUUGUCAAGUCUGACACUGAAAAAUGUAUUUUUGUUUGCCACAGAGACAAUCUAGGUCGUGGAGUUAAGCGUUUGUCAAUAAGACAAGCAGUUGUUGAGGAUAAUGACGAUAUAAUUCCUCUAUUAUCAAGUUGUGAGAAUGUAACCUCCUACAAAACAGAGGGCGAGUACUUUUUGGCUAAUCUCUUGUUUGAACAAAAUGAUUCUAAAAAGAUUCUUCUAGCUACUGAUACAGAGAGUGGAGACAUAGUAGGUGUCAUGUACAUUACAACUGAGUUGGAUAUUAGGCAAAUUCUCUCGGAUUACAAGACUUAUAAUGAAGGAGAACCAAUAUAUGAGGAUUUUAUAGUUGAAAAACAAAUUGGUGACAAUAUGGUCUACCAUUCAAAUGCCUUUGAAAUUAAGCUCUUCUACAUUCAAGAGGAGUACAAGUUUAGAAGUAUUGAUUUAUUGAGAGCUGCAUUCAAGGCAUUCCAAGAAUCUAAAUAUUGCAUUGUGGGAAUCAAAUUUGAGGACCAUUCCAAAUCUGAACAUCCUCUUUUAAAACAAUUCAUCUAUAUUGAACCAACUCAAGAAUGUUCUAGCCAUUCACUUCAUAUUCUUUCUCAAGUAUCCAUGGUUGCAGACUUUUUCGUUGUAAAGGCCACAGAAACAACACUGGACAAAAAUUCAUCACCACAAGAGACUAUUCUGAGCUUAUUGAGACAGGCAGAAUUUCAUGAAGAGUUUAUUGGUGCAGUAGCCAAAAGUUUUAAAGGAACAAGAUAUGUAACCAUGUUACUGUUUGAUAGUAACUCAGCAGUGGAAGGAAGAAAUGAAAUUAUUGGUAUUGCAGUGGUGGACACCCAAGUUAAUGAAUUUCUGCUUCGUAGACACUUUGAUUUUACAGAAUACAUUGAUUAUUCAGCAUAUAGCUCAAGAGGAACAUGUCAAGCAAUGAUAACACAUUUUUAUAUUGAGCAAAAGUUUUACAGAUACUCCAAAUUGUUUUUGAAGGAAGUUAUGAGAAAAUUAGAAAAACAUAUUCUCUACUAUGGCUGCUACAGAGGUGAAAUUCCAAACGAUAGUCUUAACAAGGAACUCAUUUACUUGAAAUCGACCAGACAAAUAGAGUUUCCAGGAGCCUUAAAUGAGAGUAGUAGUGGAAGAAAUUCUUCAUUAUCUGACAAUGAUUCCGUUAUCUCUGGAGCUACUGUUUCUAGCGGAGGUGGAUCGAGAGUUUUAACGAAUGUACAAUACGAUUCUCUCUACUUUAUUAAUAGAAGAUAUUUGAGUGAAGAAAAAACUGAAAUAUUUUCCAGAAUUGUGGUUAUAGGUGGUUCAAAAACUGCACUGAGUUUUAUUAAGGAACUUUCUGCCAACUCUUCUCUUUUCUUUAACAAUAUUAUUGUCGUAUCUCCUGAAGGUGAUGUUACCAAGAGCCCUGAAUUUUAUGCCGAUGAUACGGAUGAAGAAUUCAACAACAGAGAAUUGCUUAAUAUGAUCUCUCUACCAAACAUUUACUUUGUGAAAGAUAAACUUGAAGAUAUAGAAAGAGUCAACAAGAGUGUCCUCUUAUACGAAAAUCAAUCCAGCUUCAUUACGUAUGAUAUUUUAUUAUUAUGUACAAGCAGACAGUACAAGAUGAAACCAAAAUAUUUAGAACUGGUUGGAUAUCCCAAGAAAGGCAUUCUCAAUUUGAACCCAAGAGUACCUGUAAAUGAAACAGGAGAAGAAAUUGAUCUAACCGAAUAUUUUGAAAUGUAUUUACAUGAAAAUGAUAGUGAAGAAAGAAGUGAUAGUUCUUAUAUUGUAGUAUAUGGUUCCUCCUUAGAUGCAUUGUGUACCGUUAAUACUUUAUUGAACAGAUUUAAUGUUGAGCCAUCAAAAUUAUUACUCAUUUUCCCUGAUGGAAAGAAAUGUAUUUUUAACGAGAAUGAAGAAAUUGAAGAUAGAUUGGACCAUAUUUUAGAAGUGGCCGGCCUAAAAUACUUUUCUCAAUAUACAUUGGAAGAUUUUGCCUCUGAUGAAGAGGGAAAUCUAGUGAGAAUUUACCUCUCACCAAAUGAGGAAAAGGAAGAGAAGAAAAAACAUGCCAAGAUGGUUGAAAUUGAUUGCUCCUUAUUUAUAAAUUGCCACAGUAAGGAUGUUGAUGACGGUAUUUUAUCAACUGUAAACAGACAGUCCCUAGUGUUUGACGGUAGAUUAAUUGUGGAUACACAAUUCAGAACUACUGAUACAAGUAUUUACUCUGCAGGGCCUAUGGCCAAGUUUUCAAGAAGGUUUGGAGAAUCGAGAAUGAUGGAAGCUUUCAACUCGUCUGAAGUUGGAUCAAAAGUAGCACAGUCGGUACUUUCAGCUCUUGGAGUAGCUGAAGAUCCAUUAACAGGAUCUAUGCCAACAUUUGUAAAGAACACAUCAAUUAGGUGUGUUCUUCCAGGGGGUGUAAGAUUUUUCAGAUGUAUGAAUUCUCAAUUCGAUGUUGAAAAAUGUGUUAAAUAUCAAACAAAUAACGUUUUAGGACCUCGUACAAUUAAUGACAUCAUAGAGCCUUUUAGAUAUACAGGAUUGUAUGUCAACAAACAAACAAAUUGUAUUGACUGUAUUUGUUAUCUUGGUCAGGAGCAAGUUGAAGAAGGAAACUUGGCAAGCUUGGUAGGUUUGCCAUUAUCCUAUUUCAAUGAUUUAGUGCCAAGGUACAAGGAUGGAUUUAUUUAUGAUUUCAUAGCAUUUUUGAGAGAAAAUUGGGUUAUGGCCAUUCUUUGUCAUAAGUUUAUUUCUUUCAAGAAUGAAACUAAAAAGAAACUUUUAAAUGAGGAGGAUAAUAUUGGUAAUAUUAAUGAAGUUUGUAAUGAAAUUGCAGAGCUAAUAUUGCAUGGUGAAUCAGAAAUUUUCACUGUUGAUCCAACCAAAACUAUUAAAGUUGAGAAGGAAGUUACCAGAGAUGCCAAAAUAUUUGUCCAAUCUGAGCUGAUAGAUUUCCUUACUGUACACCAAGAAGUUUUACACUCAAUACCAGGAGUUUAUUUUGUACCAAAAAAACAAUAG